AUCACAAAAACCGGAGCGGUGAACUUAAAAUUAAAACAGUUGAAGGUGGGAACAAAAAUUUUAAUUCCCACACUUGGAUAUAUUUUCCCACACUUGCAUUUACUCCCCAAACCCUAACCGAGAACAACUCAUUUUCUCCCAACUCUCCUCUUCAUCCUUCCCCGCCUCCGACCAACACUUUUCUCUCUUCUCCUUCUCUCUCGCUUCGUUGUCCUUCCAAACCCUACUCUCUCUCUCAGUUUCUAGUUCACCAACCUCGAGAAAUUCAAGAGCUCCGCGGCUCCGAUUCAUUUCACAGAGAUCGAGGGAUUCGAGGUCGGAGAUUUCCCGACGGUGAGUUUGAAUUCGGAAUUGGUGCGGAAGCUGGAGUCGGCGCUUGGGGUUUCGCUGGGAGGCUCGGUGACUGACAUGGCGGUGGUGAUAGCGACGACUUCAAUUGAGUUGAUAAUUGGGUUUUUGGUGGUGCUGUGGCGGAGAUCGUCUGAUAAGACUAGUUGGGUGGUGAAGCAGCUGGCUCUGAGCUCCAGCGGUCCAGCCUCCAGUUCUUCGGCAGCUCGGCCCUUGAGGCAUGAUCAGUUGCUGCCUUGCUGGGUUAUUCACUCCAGUCACUCCACCGAAUCUAGGAUGUUAAAGAGGAGCUGUGUGAAUCAGAGGGCCACAAAUGAAAGCUUGAAGAGAAUAAAGGUUUCACCUGCUACUACUAUUAUUGCUGCAACUGAUUUAUCUGUUGUGAAAUAGGUGUGCAAGUGGCAGCGACGAUCCGAAUUGUUCUACACCCAAAAGGAUGUUGAUGUUGUGAGGUCAGAGUGGGCUAAGUUUGUGAUGAAGUAUCAUAUUGCAUAGCUGUGAUGGUUGUUCAAGGCAGGGCUCUUAUUUUGGUAUUUUGAUCACCUGCCUCCUGCUAGCUGGUUUUAGUUUUUGCUUUAGUUAUAGGCAUGGUUAAUGCGCAGUUGAAGGCAUUUUUGUUUUGGUAUUUUGAUGAGCCUCCUGCUAGCUAGUUUUAGUUUUUGCUUUAGUUAUAGGCAUGGUUAAUGCAAUGUGGACGCGUUUAUGUUUUCAGGCUUUAUGCAGUUAUAGCCACUUAGGCAAUGUUAAUUCUUAUGUAAAUGUUGGGAUGAAUAUUGCUGAUGAAUGAAAUGGCUUUUGGAAUCAAGGAUGUGUUCAAUUGUACAGAAUGUAUGUCUUCUCUUAU